CUCACAGGCCCUCCCACCAAUCUUCUACUGUAUGAGCUCCGACUCCUCAUCGAGCAGCACCAUCACAAUGGCUCCAGUGCAAUUCAAAGGCGAAAUCAUGGACUUCGACCUCGGCGUCGAAAUCGACCACCGCAAGCGACGUCGCAACCGGACCACCCAGUCUUGCCUCAACUGCCACACUUCCAAGCGAAAGUGCGAUAGGAAGCGCCCUUGCCAACGUUGCAUCCAACUUGGCCUGACCGGCCUUUGUGUAUACGAAGUUGACGACCCCGCUGCGAGGGAUGACCCAAACAUCGACGAGACGACUCGUCUGCGCAACAGGAUAGCAGAGCUCGAGUCUCUUGUCCGUGAGCUUCGGGGGAAGCCUCACCCACGAUGGGCAGAUCCCAACUUCUGCGACGGUGACGCGUCGGAGAAGUGGCAUUCACGGUCAACAAGGAGGACCGCUCUCUUCCAACGGCAACGAAACCAGUCUUCGGGUGCCGUCAAGCAAGAACAGUCUGCUGAGCAGCAGCAGCAGCAGCAACAGCCACAGCUGUACCGCAUGUCUCCGUCUCCCGCGCCACAGCUCGCUUUCGACACCCACUGCGGCUCAGGUGACCUGCAAUACUCUCCCUCGACCUCCUCGAGCUCGUCGAUGAGCUAUCCAAACACAAGGCAAUCAAGCCUCUCGAUGUCUGCCUCAGACGUGUACUACCACCAGCCAUACGGCAUGCGCACGCCGGAGUCGACCGACCCAUCUUGCACUUGCCUCACCAACCCGGCCGCAGGCGCGCCGCUCAUCUCGCUCACGCAUCAGCUGCAGAGCACCGUCGAGCUUCUCCGUCAGCUGCCGGAGCACGUCGCGCGGCACAACUGCACGAUUUUGAAGCGCAUCGUGCAGCUCAACGAUCUGAUGCACGGCGGCUCAGGCGAGGCCACACCACCGACGCCCUUCGACGGGCUCACGACGCCGCCCGACAGCGAGCUGCUCUCUCCCGUCUCGACGUCGAGCCAUGCGAGCAUGGCUGCGCCUAUCCACCACGACUGGCCCGCGAUCUCGGCGACCGCCAGCCAGUACGACUCGUACUUCCCCGUGUCGCCGGGCGACGGCAGCAUGUAUCACAAGUCGUAUCAGAUUAACUAGCUUCUCCCGUCCCCCCUGCGUCACGGGUCGUUGCGUCUCCCCCAUGCAUGCUGAUCGUCGCUUGGCUCGCUCCCUCGGUCGUAUUAGUAUCUUGGUCGUCGUGUAGCUCUACCUUUCCCUGGAGAUCCAGCAGGUGUGCAUAUUAGACUAUGAUUAUGUAGAUGAUUCGCUUGUACUUGUGUAAUGCCUUUUUACGAUUCAUGCAGCCAUGAUAUAUAUACACAGUGUCAUGCAUCA